AUGGACGAAGCGGUCACUCUCGCCAUCAGCGUAGUGGAAGUCAUAGAGCAAGUUGAACACCAUAAGCAAACGAAAGCUGUUUAUGUCAGUAAUCCAGCAGAAGUCCUGGCAGUGAACAGUGAUGAAACAGACAGAAUCCUUGAACGAAGCCUCCACAUCGUCGAGCAAAACACGGAAGUAAUGCAGGAGUUGAUUUCUGGAAUGAAGGUGAACGGAAAUGACACUUCAAGUUCGAGUUAUCGAAAACAAAUGCAAUACCGGAAACCAAGGUUCGGAAAUGAAUGCUACAACUGCGGGCAGGUGGGUCAUUAUGCAGGUAAAUGA